AUGACGAACUUUCUCCGUUCUUCUGUUGGACCGACAGUUCAUCCGAAAGACCGUUCAAAAUAUGUUAAUGAUCGUCAGCAGACAAGUCAUCAGUCACGUACGGUCCUGAAGUAUUCGACGACGACACACUUUGAACAACUGUCAGUAGCACAUCUUGGACGGGAUUUUGAAUUACAGGAUCAAGAUAUUGUUACACACUUCGUCACCGGUAUAACCUAUGGUGCAGAUGCAUUUUUCAUAUUUAAUCGAAACGCUGACUUGAGUGAAAAUAAGGAAGAUAUUGAUGCAAAAGUUUCAGCAGCUGUGAAAAAAUUGCCAAGCUGGGGCAUCGACGAAAAUGUGGAAGAACAGGAGAAAGACGUGGUUAAUAAACUUCAAUGUACAUUCUAUGGUGAUUAUAACUUGAAACAAAAUCCAAGCACCUUUCAGGAUGCAGUCAAACUGUAUCAGCAGUUACCUGAUUUAUUAGGUAAAGUACACCGUUUUGAGAGGAAGUAA